CCCGAACACUUCAUCAUUGUUUACCAUUCCGGUUUUCUAUGAAGAAGAAGAAAAUGUACGAAAUAUAACCAUCAUUAUUUUCGUCUCUUCUCCCUCGGAGUUCGUCGUUAUCGCGUCCGUCUAUUUUUAGUGUUAAUUUAUUCAGCGUUUCUUUGUAAGUCAUGUCGAGCAUGGAAGUGGACGAAGAAAUGGUGGCAGAGCCCACCUCCUCCUCUGCUCAAUCUAGUGGAGUAAGCACUAGUGAAAGUGCCAGCAAGGCUACAAGUGCAUCAACAUCUGGGGCUGCUCCCACUUCCCCUGCACCUCCACCAGCUCAACCUCAGAUGUCUGCUAGUAGUGGACCUUCUGGCUUUGGUGACACUAGCACCGUGGAGUCAGUGAUGGCCUCUCCUGGAACAGUGGGUAGCGUAUCAGUUUCCCUUCACCCUCUUGUCAUACUCAACAUAUCCGAGCACUGGACACGUCAGAGAGCCAAAGAGGGAAAACCAUCACAAGUGCUUGGUGCUCUUAUUGGAAAGCAGACAGGGAGACACAUUGAGAUCAUGAAUUCCUUUGAGCUGAGCUACGAUGUGCUUGACGGCCAUAUAAUUAUUAAUCGGGAUUACUACACCUUGAAAGAAGAACAGUAUAAACAGGUAUUCAGUGACUUGGAUCUACUAGGAUGGUAUACCACUGGGGACACUCCUGGACCACCUGAUCUUCUGGUCCAUAAGCAAAUUUGCGAUCUUUUAGAUAGUCCAGUCUUCUUGAAGCUCAAUCCAAUGGCAAGAGAUACAGAUUUGCCUGUUAGUAUUUAUGAAAGCGUCCUCGACUUAGUGAAUGGAACAUCCACAAUGUUAUUGGUGGAAUUGCAGUACACACUAGCAACUGAGGAAGCUGAACGAAUAGGUGUAGAUCAUGUGGCAAGAAUGUCUUCACAUGACACUCAGGAAAGCUCUUUAGUUGCUGAAAAUCUUCAGGCUCAGUAUAGCGCCAUCAAGAUGCUAGCAAGCCGUGUUAGGUUGAUAUCCGAGUAUGUACGAGCCAGUCAACGUGGAGAAGUUGAAUUCAAUCAUGAGAUUCUUCGCCAGGUGAAUGCUCUGGCACAUCGGCUACCCGUUCUUAAUAGUGAUAAAUUCAGGGGCGAGUUUUAUAAUCAAUGCAACGAUGUGGCCCUCAUGUCUUACCUAGGAACCAUCACCAAAUGCUGCAACACAAUGAACAGGUUUAUAAAUCGAUUUAACCUUCUGCAUGAAAGGUUAGCCAUGGGCAGAAGAAUGCGUGGCUUGUUCUUCUGAAGUGUGUAACCUUUCACUGCAGCCUGAGAGAGAGACGUUAUGUUUCAUGAUUGUCACGUAGGUCAGGCUCCAGUACUUUUUGAGUAUGCAGGCAGUGCUGUUUAGCAAUAUGGAUACCAACUCAUGAGAUUGUGUUUUCACAAAUCAUCAGCAAGUGGUUUGCUUGUGAUAUGAUGAUUUGUUUCAUCAACCUUGUAUUAUUUUGAUUUUAAAACCUAAUUUCCCAGUGGUAUUGAAUGUUAAUAGACCUCUUGUUUUUGUUAGCUAUAAUAAGUUUUGCUUUAUUUUGAAA